UGCAACGCAUGCUACCGUUCCUCGUCUUUCCCGAACGAAUAUACUUCACACCGCGCGCGAAGACUAGGUACAGCAAACAGGCAUGAGGGAACUCCGACACGACACAAGCAAUACGGCUACGGGUGUGCCCGCUUCGUGGCGCUCUUAUCGACACGGCAUACGAUAUCUUUCCGCCGCUGCGCAACUCUUUCAGGCUUGACCGCGGUCGGAUGCUACUCUAGUCGAUUACUACACACAGCCAAGAUAAAACGUGCACACGCCUCGUACCUGCCCUUUCAGCUCAACCCGAUUUUCGGACGGCGAUCCGUUAGGAGACUCCGGCGUGCUUACUGCGUCGCUCUUUGUGCAUAUCGAUCCCAUUUUCACGGAAUUCCAGUUCUUGAAAUCGGAGCGACACCGAACCGAACGAAAAGAAAAAGAAGGUGCGCCUCCUCCCUCGCCCACCGCAAACGUGCUUUCUAUUCCUCCCUUGUCGUUCUUGCCUUCCUUUCCCCUCUCUCCCCCUUCUCUCCGUUGCUUCUCUCCGCUGCGCUUCGCUCUGAUUUCGUGCGCGGCAAACACAACACAUAUAUAACAACAUAUUCGCCUGAUUGAGAGCGUAGCAUCUGAUUGAGAGCGAGAUUGCGCGAUACGCUGUAGCCGGACUACCACUGAGAGGUGGAGCUUGCUGUGUAGCUUGAAUUGAAGGGCUAGCCCGUAGCUUCAAGCCGCUACCCUGGUCAUCCUGUGGGAGUCUCUCGUUGUGGAGCUACAGCGGGGAGCAGAAGCUACAGCAGAGCCCACCGCCCGACGCGAUACCGCCCUGAAACACCGAUAUAACGACACAACACACUGCACGUGCGCGCGCGCUUGGUUUUACGGAACAAACCACAACAGGCUACAAUGGGCAACGUGACUGGGAGGCAGUUUCCCGGCCCGGAGAGCGACAUGCCGCUGCCUAGAGGUCAUCGACAGGAAGCCAACGCGACUACAAUCACGACUGGCGCCCUGGCGAGCGAGAUGGCGCCGUGUGGACGUCACCAACAAGUAGCGAAGGCAAGCACGCCUCGUGGCCCAGCGAGCGGUAAGUCACUGUUCGGGCUUCAACGAAAAGCAACCAAGGCGAGGAAGAGCGCGGCGAAUGCCCCAGCGAGGGAUGCGGCGCUGCCUGGAGGUCAUCGACAGGAAGUCAACGCGGGGGCGGGCAUGACUCUCGCCCCAGCGAGCGAUGCGGCACUGCCUGGAACUCAACGAGAAGCCAUAGCAACUGAAGAACCGUCGCCAAGCAUCUUCUGGAGAAUCAUCAUCCUGCUGCGUGUUCCUUGUGGGCAUCAUCGAGAAGACCCCAAGGCGGAUGCGAGCACGACUCGCGCCCCGGCAAGCGAUGCGGCACUCUCUGAACAAGAAGCCCCCCUCGCGACAGCGACCACGACUGGCGCCCAAGCAAGUGGCAUGGCGCUGCCUGGACAUGAACAAGAAGCCCACGCGACUUCGAGCACGACUCUCGCCCCAGCGGGCGACACGGCGCUGCCUGGGCAUCGGCAAGGUCCUGCGAAUGUGAGCACGACUCGGGCCCCGGCGAGCGACACAUUGCUUCCUGGAGAUCGACGGGAAGCCAAAUUCAAAAAAGCGAUGGAACUCCUUCGGAUCUGCGGGAAGAAAAAGAAAGCGGUGCGACUCCUUCAAGAACAUAAAAGAGAAGUCGACCAGGAGCUCUCCGCGGCGAUGGUCGGGAGGCUCAACAAUCCAGGGCAUGAUACCGUGGACCUUGAUCAACCAAUCUUCAUUUCGGAGGAGAUGAAAAAAGAGACGGCGAAUGUGAUGAACAAUUGGCUGAACGAGUGGAUCGAGAAGGUGAACGAAUGGAGAGACCAAGCGAGUGGCAGCAGAGUGUAUGGCGGUUACACUCCGCAAGCAGUGUUGCCGCGGCUGUUUCGGGAAUGCUCCAAAGGGCGAUACGCGUUACCUCGUCGUCGAGGACGUUCUGCGAGUGGUGGACACAGUGAAGAUGCGCGAAAACAUGUGCAACCAUCACAAGGAUCUAUUUCACCUGACGCCAAGGGAGGACUGCAACAACGUGGCCAUCCAACGUAUCCUCCGGGGGCUUCGUAGGUAUCUUGCCGAUCGCUCCUUUGACCCCGACGAUGUUG